AUGGCCCCCAAGAAAGUGGAAGCCAAGAAGCCCACAGAAAGCAAGAAAGCGGCCGAGGUUAAGAAGGACGACAGCGGCGGAGCAGCGUCAACUCCCGCCCCCGCGCCACCGGCCAGCGCUCCCGAGGUGGACCCAAAGAUCGUUGCGGUGGAGUUCAGCGCAGAGCAGACAGAGGAGUUCCGCGAAGCCUUCGCACUGUUUGACGAGACGCCAGCAGGCGAGAUGAAGAUCACCUACGCACAGUGCGGUGAUGUGAUGCGGGCGCUGGGUCACAACCCCACCAACGAGGAGGUCCUGAAGCUGCUGGGCCGGCCCAAGGCAGAGGAGAUGCACUCCAAGCUGUUGGACUUCGAGGCCUUCCUGCCCAUGCUGCGGCACGUGGCCGGCGCACAAGACCGCGGCCACUUUGAGGACUUUGUUGAGGGCCUGAGGGUCUUCGACAAAGAGGGCAAUGGCACCGUCAUGGGGGCCGAGCUGCGCCACGUGCUUUCCACCCUGGGCGAGAAAAUGACCGAGGACGAGGUGGACCGCCUAAUGGCCGGCCAGGAGGACGCCAAUGGCCACGUCAAUUAUACUGACUUUGUCAAACACAUAAUGGCUGGUUGA